CCUGACCUGCACACGUGAGGAAGCUAACAUGGACUCUAAUAUCAGGCUUUUUAAUGGAAGAUAACUUUAUAAAUCGUCGCUGAACAACGUUUUCUCUUUGUAUUUACGCGGCGUGACAAGUUUUAUUAUCUACACCUGGAUAUUUAUUGGUAUAUUUAUUAGUUCCAAUGAAAAGGGAAGAGGCAGCUACGGAUGUUAGCUAUUUUUUUCACAACAUUAACGGGACAGUUUGUUGACCUUGUCUGCCCUGUGACUAAAAUACCUUGUCGAUUGUUAUUUUUUUUAAUAACUAUGUAAUUUAUUUAUUUAUUUGUUAUAAAGAGGGCAAUAGAUGGCAAGCGUAUAAAGAGGAUACAUUCUGAAUUCAGCACUUGUAAACAAUAACAGGUUUGUAGUUCCACACUUGGACAUGUAUAAAUAAAUAAAUAAAUGAAUAAGGGCAUUUGGGGACGUUAUUUACGUAGUUACCCAGUGUAGGGUCAUUAGAUGUCCACAGUAUGUCUAUCUGGGUAACAAAGAAGGUCAUGAGAUGGUCCUUGCCCGUGUGCUCUCGCAGGUUUCUAUGGCAACAGCAUCUCCCGCUGAGAGCAUCAAUCACAGACACACCUGCUCAUAGUCAGCAGCUUGCAGGCAUUUCUGGCACUGGGCACAACCAAACAUGCCUCUCAUUGAGUCUUGCAAGUGCAGUUAGGUACUAUUCAAAUGGCUGGAAUCGCAGUGACGAUCUGGAAGAAAGAAGUUUUCUUUCUACACCAGAGGUCAGGCCUGAUGAGACGCAGUUGGAACAGAGAGAGAGGUGGUCUGCUUCCUUACAGAGCUGUGGCUCCCCAUCAGAUGUGUUAGACUUCGCUUGUCACUCCUCGCCCUCACACCGCCAGGUCAGCAACUGCCUGACCCGAAUGUGGUCCUCCACGAAGAAAAUGUCAGAUGAGCAGAAACGCUAUGAGCUGCAGCUGAUGUUUGAUCAUCCCGAAUUUGAGAAACUACUGCAACAGGCGAUGCAGUCUGCCGAUUACAUGCGCAAUGAUGACAUAGUUUAUUCUCUCCUGAGCAUGGUCAAUUUGGGGGUACCUCAACGAAGCCGUGUGGUCCAAACUUUCCUUCGAAUAUGCCAGGAUAAAGUGAAUUAUUUGGAAGAGAAGAAUCUAUCCAUCUUGGCCUCCUGUCUGGAAAAUAUGGAGAACAGCUCCAAUGUGGUUGCGCUAAAGGAUGGCAUGAGGCUGGUAGUUGAGGCUCAACUCCCGAGUAUUAAGAAUGUAAUGGCUCUCCAGACCAUGAUGCGUCUGUUGGGAAAAGAUGCCCCAAAAGAGCUCAAAUUGAAACUAGAGCGAAAGGCCCUAUCAAUGACUGGCCAGUUCAGCCUUCCCAACGCCCAACACAUGAUCAUCACUAUGGCCACAAUGGGUUUCUACUCCAAAUCACUACUCCAAGUGUGCAGUAAAAAAAUCAUAGAUAACCUUCAUGGCAUGCCUUUUAACAGACUCUAUAAAGUGCUGCAGUCGUGUGGGGUGCUCCUCUACAGGGAUUUAGAUUUGCUAAAUGAAAUUUCAGACCAUGUUGCUUCCAUGCUUGACAUAUGGACCAACAAACAGGUGCUCCUCUUCUUGGCAGUGUUUGAGGACCUUAUCUUCUGUCCUGUUGCCUUAAUGGAGGGUUAUGCAGAGAAAGUGAUUGCCAACCCUGAAGCCCUGACACUUAAAGACCUCCUGUGUGUCCUCAAGGUGUAUUCCUCUCUUAACUUUGAUCUCCAGGACCGAAGACAACGGUUCUUUGAAAGUCUCAGCCAUGCCCUCAGCUCCUAUUUGUCAAGGAUGUCCGGGUUCGAGCUGUUAAAGGCCUCUUACUGUCUGUGUCUGGUGGGUCACUUCCCCCCUGCACUACUGGAGCGGCUCCUAGAGAGCAGUACGCUAGAGGAGCUUGGAGCAUCAAAGUUUCUCAAAAGCAGAGAGAGAAUGUUUCAGAUGGUGGACCUGUGCCUCCGUCUUGAUCGUCCUCCUCUUCCUCAGCCCCUGUCUGUUCCAGUAUCUGUCAUGGGAAACCGCAGGCCCAGCAAUCCCCCAAUUAACCCUAAGCUCUCAGAGGGCCUGCACCGUGCGCUGGAGGACCAGGCAGAUGCAACGCUGCAGGAAAUGGUGGUUGUGGAGAGCUCCUACGUCAUAGAUGGCGUAAUAUCCAAACCUCUACCGCAUCAAGCCAAUGUAACGGAAACAAGCAGCCGCGCAGGAGACCAGUGUUCUCCAGUAGAGAGCAGUCAAAGAAUCGCGGUGAUUUACGCACGGCCCUCUGGGUUUUGCUACGGCACGUCCAACCUCCGCGGCCCCUUUGCCGUCAAGAUCCGUCAUCUGAAGAUCAUGGGAUACACCCCUGUCCUGGUAACGGAGCAGAAUCUACAGUCUGGAUCUCAGGAAGAAAGGACAAAUAUCCUCAAAAAACUGAUUUUCUGCCAACAAGAACACAUAUCAGAAGCAGAUAUGAAAACUUAACACCUGGGAUACCAGAGACCGCUGUUAUUAAACGGAAACAGACAUCCAGACAUGGUUCAAGUUUGUAAUUUAAGAAAAGAAUGAUCAAAUGUACAAAUAAAGACAUUGACAGGUUACAAGAUUCUUCAACAUUAU